GAAUGAUAUCGAGCCUCAUUUUGUCGCCUGACUCGACCCCAGACUCGGAGCCAUUCUUGGAUAGCUUUGUGGGGUGUCAUGGGGUAAGUGGGUAAGAUAGCAUGACAAGCACCCACCUCGGUGAGCAGGACCGAGGCCAUGAUAAGGUUCAGUGGCUGCUACUAGGAUGAAAGGGGUUGGUCUAGAAUCGAAUCUUUGUUGAUAAAGACCGACAUGUCGAACGCAUCAACAGCUUUCACUAAUCAACAACUUAACAACCGGAAGACACUACAAGGCCUACUUUACAAUGACAGAAUCAUUUGAGAAAGAGAAGACCAACGACCUUGGUGUGGUUGAAUCCCAAACGCAGGGUGAAAUGGCUCAGCCUAACGAACUGCGAAGAGACUUCAAGCCGCACCAGGUCUUCAUGUUCUCAAUUGCUUGUGCAAUUGGCACAGGACUUGUUAUUGGUACAGGCAGUGCUUUGUCCAGAGGAGGGCCAGGCAGUCUCUUGAUUGCAUACAUCCUUAUAGGAAUCACGGUGUUCUUCGUCAUGACUGCCAUUGGAGAGAUGGCGACUUUCCUUCCCAUGAAUAAGGGAUUUGGAGGCUAUGCGACGCGCAUGGUUGAUCCAGCUCUUGGUUUUGCAACUGGUUGGAACUACUUCUUCAAGUACAUCAUAGCCACGCCGACAAACCUUACGGCUGCUGGGCUGGUUAUCCAAUUCUGGAGACCAGAUCUGAACGUGGCCAUCUGGAUCACCAUUUUUGGAGUUGCUAUUGUAACUGUCAACAUUCUCCAUGUCAACAGCUUCGGCGAAACCGAGUUCUGGCUUGGCUUUGCUAAGAUCCUCAUCAUGACGACUCUGAUAAUCACCACUUUCGUGGUUGCCAUGGGUGGCGGUCCGAACCACCAUCGAUCCGGCUUUCGGUACUGGCAAGACCCUGGAGCGUUUGCCGAAUACUUGCUCGAGGGGCCUAAGGGAAGAUUCCUCGGUUUCUGGGCCUGCUGUUGCCAAGCGUGCUUCGGGUUCACGGGCACUGAGGUCGUAGGCAUGACUUUCGGCGAGACCCCAAACCCACGGAAGAACGUCCCUCGAGCUGUUAAACAGACCUUCUGGAGAAUCGCCUGUUUCUAUAUCCUGGGCGUCUUGGUGCUUGGCAUGGCCGUUCCCUAUGAUAAUGAGCAACUUAUUGGCGCCACUAAGCAAAGGACGAGUGGAGCCGCUUCUCCUUUCGUCGUUGCAGUGACUCUGGGUGGCGUCCCCAUCUUCGCCGACAUCAUCAACGGAUGCCUGUUAGUGUUUACUCUAAGUGCCGCAAGCUCAGACAUCUACUGCGCCUCGCGGUCUCUCUACGGUCUCGCCAAAGAUGGCCAGGCGCCUAGAAUCUUUGCCAAAGCGCGCGAAAACGGCAACCCGAUAUUCGCUGUUGGCAUCACGUCUUUGUUCAUCUGCUUGGGGUACAUGAACGCCAGCAAGUCUUCUUCGACUGUUUUUGGCUACUUUGUCAGCCUUGUGACCGUUUUUGCUGUUCUCAAUUGGGUUGCUAUCCUAAUUUCUCACAUCCGUUUCCGCCAAGCCUUAAAGGCGCAAGGCAUCGUCGCAGCUGAUCUGCCCUAUGUUGGGUUUCUACAGCCAUAUGGCUCAUACUUUUCGUUAUUUAUCUCACUCUUGGUUAUUGUUUUCAAUGGCUAUGAUGCUUUUAUCCCCCACUUCAAGCCCGAGGUCUUUGUCCUCAAGUAUCUCGGCACCGUGAUCUUCGUUUUCAAUGUUGUUUGGUGGAAGAUCUCAAAAAAGACUACUUUUUGGUCUGCUUCAGACGUAGACCUCAGCACAGGGAGACGAGAGUGGGAGGAGACGGAGAAGCAGGAGGAAGUCCAUUGGGAAGGUGGAUUGUGGAAGAAUGUUCUCAAGAAGUUUAAGCGAUAAAAGCCAUGAUUACUUCUAGGUAUUAGACAACGAAGACCCAUCUCUUUACUUGAACAUCGUCCUUUGGUGGCAUUCGGUCAGAUGUAGGAGGUCGGAGAUAAGAUUGUAUACCUCCUUGCCCUACCAGCUUCCGG